GAUGAGACUAAAGAAAAAAGAAGCGACGAAGCGACACCACUUGACCCAAAUUCACUGCACUUGAUAGUUAUUUCGAAGAUAAUUUAUUUGGUUCUCAUACAUUUUCAGCUAAGCUGAGAUUUUUUUUACAUUGAAAAUAAAAUUGCUUCAAUCAUGUCUCUUGUGAUCGAGCCUCUCAUUUCUAUUGCCAAUAUAUCUACAAUUCUUCUCAGUUCCUUCAAUAAGGUUCCUCAAAUUUCCACUGUUCUGAAGGCCCGUUCUGCUAUUGGACUGAGCAUCUACAGUGUUUUAAUUGAACUCACAGGAUACUGCAUCACCAUGAGCUACUUCAUCUCUUAUCAGUAUGCAUUGCCAAGCUUCCUUGAGUACCCGUUUCUGGUGACACAGGAUGUUUGUUUGGUAGCUGCAGCUUUGUAUUUUGGUACACAAGUUGGAAGUGUGCUAGUGUUAGGAUAUGCUGGACUUCUUGUUUGCCUCAUGACUUCUAUGAUUGGUGGAUUCCUGGCCGACCCUGUCAUGGCAUUACUUGUUAGCAGCACAACUCCCAUCAGUGCAGUGAGUAAAAUUGUGCAGCUACUCGCCAUAACCCGGAGAAAAUCAUCUGAGGGAGUGUCUGUUGCUGCAUGGAUGAUCUCGGCUUACUGCUGCUGUACUCGUCUCCUGACGGUAUACAUCGAGACCGCUGAUGCAGCAUUGCUAUCCAACUUUGGCAUCUCACUGCUGCUGAACUCGUGCAUCAUCGCUGCUGCAAUUUAUUAUGCCCCACCUACCAGCACAGCUAGACUGAACAAAACCAAUAAAAAUGAUUAAUGUCUCGUGAAAAUUUGUGUUCUGUCAUCUAGUGCAGUUAGUUUAUUGGCAAUUGCUGCUUACAUGUAACCUAUGUCCAAAAUGAUGCAGGGAAAACGCCCUAGGUGGCAGCCUCGUUUCACUCAGCUUGUUGCUUUUUUGCACUUAUUUUUAACUAAGUGGUUAAUCAACCGGGCGGAAUGAAGGACAAAGGAUUGGAAAUCAAUCAAUCUUGAUUUUUUUGACGUCAACAUUGUGCUUGUGAUAUUCAACAGUGUCUAUUGUGAUAUUCAACAGCGCUGAAACUUUCAAUUGGCUGUACAUGUUGUGAAAACUAGUCUGGUAAAUUUUAGAUACUCAGGAGAUUUCCUCUACUGUCUAAUGACCUUCAAGUCCUUAGUUUUCCAUUACCCCUAUUUUUUUAUCGAUAACAAGUGGAGUAACAUUUACAGAUUCACUUGGAAAUCUUGAGUUGAAUCUUUAGAUAUGAAGGCAAUAUUGCAUACCAUGUACACCCUUCAGGCACGCUAAAUGGAACAGUGCAACUAUUAUCUGAAAUAAUGUUAAAAUUAUGAAUUGUAUUUUCACAGUUACUUGGUUUUUGAGGAAUGUGUUUGAUGUCCACUGGUCUGCAAAUAUUUGUUAUUAUUAGGAUUUUGACCACUAUGCAAAUUUACAAUCUGACUAACUCUAACACUUGAGGGUAUUUGGACAAAAAAAGUUUCGGUAUUUUGAUUACAAUUUCGUAUUUGCGUAUCACGUGUGCCUAAAUUUAAAUUUGUCGAGUAACGCUCCGUUCAGAUCAGGUGGCGGAACCCAAGUGACUUUAUUGGUAAUUAUUGGUCGGAUGAUUCGAAAUUUGUUUGAUGUCAAGUUUAUUUUAUAAAUUAAAACUGAAUUUCUCGACAUUUUUAACUUGAUGGGAUCAAGUUUGUAUCUCUUGACCUUGUGCAACUUCUCGACACCUAGAAUCUGUUUUUUUUUUGCUGUGGUCGUCAGCAAGAAGCUCUUUCUGAAAAAUUACACCAUCAAUCUAAAUAGUGUGCAUUUAUGCAAAUAUUUUGUGCAACGCUCCCCGUUCAUGUCGUAAUUCUGGCAUUUAUGUGUUACUCUGUUCUUCCAUUUCAUUAAUAUUUUUCUGUAAUUCUCUAAGUGUCACCGGAUGACUUGACUUGCAAGUAGUUGUAUAUUACCUUAACGAAAUAUAAGCUUCAAGUCAUUUUGACGUGCCUGUGAUAUUUUAGGCACUAGAAAAUUUUCUGAUUUGUAUUUGCUACCUACUCUACAAAAUCUGUUAAUAGUUAUAACCCGCGUAUUCAUUUACUGUUAACAAAUUGGUGUUUGAUAUGGACUCUCAUUUGUUUGCAAUGAGGUCGUCAUAUUAUACAAGAAGGGAUACAUUUCAUCAGGCAAUAAAUAAAUUUGUGCUUGGUAUUUAAUGCAAGGCAGAUAUUCUUCUUUUCGUAAUUUUCAGAGUGUGGUACUCGAACUCAAAAUAAUCAAAUAGAUGCUGAUUCAUAUAUUAUUCAGGGCAUCGGACUUCCAGCAUAAGAAAUAUUACGCUGCCCAAAAUUUAAUUUAUUCGAGCUGCUUUGAACUUGUGAUGUUACCUUAAUAACACAAUAUUUUUGAUUAGCAUUUGAUAGUUUCUAUCGACAGCUAUAACUCUAGUCCGUGGUAUUGGCAGUCAGUUAAAUUUAUUUCUAUCCUUAUCUUAAACAUGACAUCAUGCUAUGUAAUCCUACUUAUGCUACUCGAAUGUCACGUUGUGCUAGCUAUUAACUCGUGCAUGUUAUACCAUAAGUAUGUAUUUCUAAACUUUUUGUUUCCUUAUUAAGAAAUUAACAUCUAAACGGUUUGAUACCAUACCAUUACUGUUAAAUGUUGACCGUUUUGCUAUGAGUUCUUCCAUAGUAACGUUGAGGUGAUGAAUAGCUCUUUGCUGUUCUUACUUCGUGACGCAGGGGCAUUAGCUUGCAUUGAAAUCUCAGUACUAAGAUGAAUUUCGUGAUGCGGCGAUGCGACGAGGGAAUUUACAUGCUAAAAGUUGAUCGCCAAUAGUAGAUUCUAUAAGUGAUGAACCUGAAAUAGAGUACUCGUAUCAUGAAGGUAGAUUACAAUUGUUCAUUCUGUCUGGCGGUCAUUUUGGGCUGCGUAUAAUAAUAUGAUUGAAACCAUGGUAUUUCAUCUCACGAGCAUUUGGCAUAUUGUCCUUGCCGUUCUCUUCACUUGGACAACACUUAUCCUCUGACUACAUCGACGUUUCCCCUAAUUCAUUCACAAAUUUCAAAGUCGUCUCUUCGCAAUGUUUGUUAUGCGUUAGGCUUCUAUAGGUAGUUUGUCAAUCUAUGUCUUAGUGGGAAUUCCUAACCACUUUGUGACCUGUUUGUGCACAUUCCCCACUGAGCAUUCCCACUUCUUUACAAUCAAUUAUUUAAUUCUUUGAUUUGACGCGUGAAAUGUUCUCGUGCGUGAUGCAUGCAGGCUCGAAGGCCCUCUUUCUACCGUUAUUUUACAGCCGUUUUGCACAUUAAAGCCAAUCAUUGAGCGUGAGAAGUUAAUUAGUGACGAUUUUCGAACUGAGGUUCAUUUUUUAACUGGGGCCAGUGCGUUGUUCCCAAUGUUUUAAGGGGGUUUGUUUUUAUGGUCUUUUUUCACAUUUGGGGUGAUUAUUGUCAUCUAAUGCAUCGUAUUUUGCACAUUUUUGUUCAUUCCCUCAGUCUUCAUUAUCUCAUUUAAGCACCGUAUCAGUCAAGUGCGAAACGUGAUUUUAGAAUCCCGAAUAUUUUUUAAUGGAAUCGUUCUAUUCAUCUAAUUAAUUUUUUGAUGCAGCAGUAGCAUAAAGUUUAUUUCUGCAGACACUUGUCAUUUUUUUAUUACACUGUGCAUGAAUUUCUCACACCUACGAAAUAGGCCAUGGGCCUAUUUCUUCAACGCCGACACUUCUAUUCUAUAAUAGGAGUUUUGACACUUAUCUUACGCGAGCAUGAGUGAUAUUUUGUACCUUUGUUCCCAGGUUAUUGUUUGCAUUUUAUAAAAAAUAUUUUGCGAAUAAUAA